AUGGCCACUUCGACGGUCGUGAGAGGUGGGAGCGACCCUAGUUUGUAUCCUCCAUCGAAUUAUCAGCGGAUCGUACGUCAAAGAUUCAUCAGGAGAAGUUUGUGGUUCUCGGACUCGGAUGAACAGGCCUUUGAGGUGCCAGAAUGUGACAACAGGAGUAAAAUCCUCAACAUAAACCUGCGCACAAUAGUUGACAGGACACGGGGGGCUCAGUCGGGGCCACAGGAGGGCUCCAGCACCGAGAGUCAAGGGGGGCAGAAAGACAGCGCAACAGAGAGCGCCAGCGCUGAUGAGAAGGAGAAAGCUGGGGAUAAAUUGAAUGUUGCAUCCACCGACGGCAGUAAAAACGCUGUCAGAACAGCCAGCGAGGAGAACGAGGAAGAGGCCGAAAUGAAAGCUGUUGCCACAUCCCCUGGGGGACGGUUUCUCAAGUUUGAUAUCGAGCUCGGGAGAGGGUCCUUCAAGACUGUCUAUAAAGGUCUGGAUACCGACACAUGGGUGGAAGUUGCCUGGUGUGAACUUCAGGUAAGAUGCAGCACCUUUUUUGACCAGAAAGUGACCUGUGCUCAAAGACUUGACUGCAGUUUAUGUUGGGGAUAAGAAGGCUUAUUCGACCAGCUCAAUAUUUUUUAUAGUGAUGUAAAGUUUCAUUUAGACAACUGUCAAAUGGGAAACAAUUAUGCUUUUUUCCUAUCAAGACUUAAGUCUGAUAUUUUCCCUAAAGGCCUGUUAUGAAUGAUUUAAUGACUAUCAUCAAAUAUUAAUAGGAAUAUGAAGUAUCAACAUGCCUCAAGGCUUUGUCAUCUGACCUUUUUACAUAUCCCAGUUAUCAGGCCCAGCGGCAGGAUUAACUCCGCAAGGGGGCAUCAGAAAUGACUAAGGGGACACAACUAUUUACGCUUGCUGAUAACACAAGAUUGAUAAUAAUCGAUAGUACAAUUACACACAAUGUAUUUGCAGCCACGCACGGCUGUCUUGCCGCAAGAAUACAGGCUACUGCACCACUGUACAAACAUGGACAAUUCAUAACCGGCUUGAGAAAUUGCAAGUUAUGACAACGCUACACAGCUACAUGCACAAUACCCAUCAAUGCAAUGCAAAACAGUUGCUAACUACCGUAAUAACACUUCCCCAUGCCAAUACAAUGCAUUUCCAAUCGCGGAAAGCAAACAAUAAUGUACAAUGCACGACCACGACUUAUCGGUACAAUGCAGCUUGGACGCAGCUACCAAGCUUUCUUCCCAGAAGAGUGCCAUACUACGCUGCGUAUGAUAACAGAGAAAUUAGUAUUCCAUAGCAACGAGUUGUUUAUGGCAACACUAUAGCUACAUCGUUACUCAACCAUUGGUCAAGGUCUGCCCACCCUCAUCAAUGUAAUGCAAAGCACCUCUUCUACCAUAUAAAACAACAUUAAAAACAAUCCGAUUACAUUAUAAACCAAACAUUUCCAAUCACAUCACAGAAAUCAAGCAGUAGACUUGGCAGCAACGGCAAUAAAGAAAAUCACAUCUACGCCUAUUUCUGACAUUUGCCACGCAUUUCCAAAAGCUAGCAAAUAACAAAAUAAUACAAGCCCAGCCAGGCUGCCUGUUCUUACCCAGAUUCAAAAGAGUUGCAGCCGCCUUGACGCUGUGUUGAACCUCCUCAGCAGUCUCUCCUUCCACUCCCCACGGAAUUUGCUUGUAAGAUCCCUCUCAAAUGCCAGUUGAAUCAGCUGCGCUUUCCUCCUGUGCAACAUGCUCUGUCUGUGCUCACUGAAUACGUUUUUCAAUGUUGAAAAAGAGUUCUCGCAAGUUGCCGUGGAUGCUCCAAAUGUUAAUCCCAGCUUCAAUGCCAUUAUUACAGUAGACAUUGCUGUUAGAGGCCUGGAGUAUGUAUCCAAAAUGCUCUGCGUAGUCCAUUUUUCUUCUCCAGAUCGGGCGAUUUCAGUCUAGAAUUUGGCAUGCGACAGUAAACUCAGCUUCCACAAAGUCUCCUGAGAUUAAGUCCAGCAGUGGUUUCGCCUUUUCCACAUCCAUAAAGGUUUCAUUCUCUGGGUGCAAGGCACACAGGGCCUCAACAGGUUGGCUGUUUUGUUCGUUAAAUCUUGCUGAUAUUUCUCCCAGUACAGCAUCCAGAGUGCUGAAAAACAGUCUUUUGCACUCCCUCUCAUUAUCCUCGUCUUGCUGGCCCAUUUUGUUGUUUCCACCACAUAUUCAUUCAGAUUACUACUCACCACUCUUUGCCGUGUGCUUGGAGCGGGGGUGUCCGUGUGCUUGGAGCGGGGGUGUCCGUGUGCUUGGAGCGGGGGUGUCCGUGUGCUUGUAUUUCUCCCAUAACUCAUCAGACUCACUGUCACGUCGCAGUUUUUCCAUGCAAUUGUGGGCGCUGCGGACGACUCGGAUGCCAGUGUACAGAUCAGUUGCUUCAGCCUGAAGUAACUUGUUGGGGGGGGGGGGGGGGGGUCGAGCAGGCUGAGGACUUUGAGGACCAUGAUGGCAAUGAAUCUGAAGCUCGUCUUGGAAACAGCUUUCAAUAGGCCCACAGCUUCAAGUCGCACCUCUGUACCGUAGGUGCAGGUACUCUCAAUUUCUCUGAGCAGGUGGAUGAUGCUGUCCAGAGAUUUUAUAAUGACACUCACCGUGGCUAGAUGACCAGUCCAUCGCUGCUCAAGCAGCCGUUUCAGUUUCUCUCCCGUAAAUUGCGCAGCCACAGUUGGUUUCCUGAGAAACUUGUAAAGGGAAUUACACACAUUAAAAAAGUCAUCCAAUGCACCCUCAGAGGACAUAGCGUGAGGGGGGAAAAAGUAUUUCAUCCCCUGCUGAUUUUGUACGUUUGCCCACUGACAAAGACAUGAUCAGUCUAUAAUUUUAAUGGUAUGUUUAUUUGAACAGUGAGAGAUAGAAUAACAACAAAAAAUCCAGAAAAACGCAUGUCAAAAAUGUUAUAAAUUGAUUUGCCUUUUAAUGAGGGAAAUAAGUAUUUGACCCCUCUGCAAAACAUGACUUAGUACUUGGUGGCAAACCCUUGUUGGCAAUCACAGAGGUCAGACGUUUCUUGUAGUUGGAGACCAGGUUUGCACACAUCUCAGGAGGGCCAGUAUGAAAAUGUAUGCACUCACUAACUAAGUCGCUCUGGAUAAGAGCGUCUGCUAAAUGACUUAAAUGUAAAUGUAAUGUAAAUGGAUUUUUGUCCCACUCCUCUUUGCAGAUCUUCUCCAAGUCAUUAAGGUUUCGAGGCUGACGUUUGGCAACUCGAACCUUUAGCUCCCUCCACAGAUUUUCUAUGGGAUUAAGGUCUGGAGACUGGCUAGGCCACUCCAGGACCUUAAUGUGCUUCUUCUUGAGCCACUCCUUUGUUGCCUUGGCCGUGUGUUUUGGGUCAUUGUCAUGCUGGAAUACCCAUCCACGACCCAUUUUCAAUGUCCUGGCUGAGGGAAGGAGGUUCUCACCCAAGAUUUGACAGUACAUGGCCCUGUCCAUCGUCCCUUUGAUGCGGUGAAGUUGUCCUGUCCCCUUAGCAGAAAAACACCCCCAAAGCAUAAUGUUUUCUAUGUUUGACGGUGGGGAUGGUGUUCUUGGGGUCAUAGGCAGCAUUCCUCCUCCUCCAAACACGGCGAGUUGAGUUGAUGCCAAAGAGCUCCAUUUUGGUCUCAUCUGACCACAACACUUUCACCCAGUUCUCCUCUGAAUCAUUCAGAUGUUCAUUGGCAAACUUCAGACGGGCCAUGUAUAUGUGCUUUCUUGAGCAGGGGACCUUGCGGGCGCUACAGGUUUUCAGUCCUUCACGGCGUAGUGUGUUACCAAUUGUUUUCUUGGUGACUAUGGUCCCAGCUGCCUUGAGAUUAUUGACAAGAUCCUCCCGUGUAGUUCUGGGCUUUCCUCACCGUUCUCAUGAUCAUUGCAACUCCACGAGGUGAGAUCUUGCAUGGAGCCCCAGGCCGAGGGAGAUGGACAGUUAUUUUGUGUUUCUUCCAUUUGCGAAUAAUCACACCAACUGUUGUCACCUUCUCACCAAGCUGCUUGGCCGAUGGUCUUGUAGCCCAUUCCAGCCUUGUGUAGGUCUACAAUCUUGUCCCUGACAUCCUUGGAGAGCUCUUUGGUCUUGGCCAUGGUGGAGAGUUUGGAAUCUGAUUGAUUGAUUGCUUCUGUGGACAGGUGUCUUUUAUACAGGUAACAAACUGAGAUUAGGAGCACUCCCUUUAAGAGUGUGCUCCUAAUCUCAGCUCGUUACCUGUAUAAAAGACACCUGGGAGCCAGAAAUCUUUCUGAUUGAGAGGGGGUCAAAUACCUAUUUCCCUCAUUAAAAUGCAAAUCAAUUUAUAACAUUGUGUUUUUCUGGAUUUUUUUGUUAUUCUGUCUCUCACUGUUCAAAUAAACCUACUAUUAAUAUUAUAGACUGAUCAUUUCUUUGUCAGUGGGCAAACGUACAAAAUCAAAUACUGUUUUCCCUCACUGCGUACACUAUGACUAAAUGCAGCUGGUGGUUAAAGCAAUGCACAUACGGCACUUCCCGAUUCAGCUUGUCCUGCACUACCUUUUGCAUGCCCCCAUUUUUACCAGACAUCACAAUGGUCCCAUCAUUACAUUGACUAAGAAUCUUCUCGGUGCUAAGGCCAACAUUUGUUAGCUCUGACAGGACCAAGUUAGUCAGCGAUAAAGCAUCACAUUCUUUACUCGUUGCCAUUGACAGUAGCCGCUCACAAACACAAUUGUUUUUGCCCACGUAACGGAGUACAAUUGAAAUGUUCUCCCACCCGGUUGGGUCUUCAGUCCCAUCCAUCUUAAGUGUGUACCAUGAAUCACCUACUUCCUUUACAAUUUCCUCUGUGACUACCUCAUCAUGAGCCCAAUUAUUGAGAUGUGUAUUUGGCAUUGCUGGGAAUUGUGCUUAAGGCACUAGCAAGUUCCUUGUCUUUCCUGAGCGUAUAAUCUAACAUCGCCAGGAGUAGCCUCUCUCCCCUCUUGCAUCCAAAGUUUCCCCUGAGAGGAAGCUUGUUGACAGUGAGAAUUUCCACAAUGUCCACAAUCGAUGACAAAUACAUACGAUUUCUUGCAAGCUGUGCAGAAUUCAGAAGUGUUGAUCUCCGCUCCCUGUGCAUUCCUUGCUUGUCUUUCUGUCCAAAGUACCAUGCAUUUCAAAUGUUCUUUGCUUGAUGCAUGCCUCCCCAGUCCCUAGUUGCUCUCAAUGGCAUGUCGCCAGUUAUUAUAUCCAGUUUGGGUGAAUUCCUUAUCGGCGUUAGCAUUGGAGCCAAUGUUACAUUUUCCACAAGGAUAGCAGAAAGCUGCAUUUGCCUUGCAGGAAUAUUCCAGCCACUCUCUGACUUUGAACCACGCGCUACAAAAUGCACAUUUUCUCCCACAGUACAGGCUGGUUGGGUAAUUUCCCAGACAAACCUGCGCUGGCUCCUCAUCACCGAGGUCAUCAGGCACUAACGGAGGUGUCGGUGCUUGUAAUAUCCUGGCGUUGCUGCUGCUAGGUUCGGUCUUGGCGGCUGCAGGCCCCUCCUCGGGUUGGUUACCUCCUAUGUCACCAGGCUGCAAGACAGUUGCGCAGGUGCCUUUGCUGCUGGGCUCGGCGGCCUUGGCCUCUGUGGCAGGCUUCUCCCCCUCCCCUACGCUUUCAUCCGAUGCUGCCGUUGUGCCCUGGCGAAGCCACUUUCUAAUAUCCAUCAUGCUAUCAGCUACCUACCUAACUGUUAACAUUAGCUACAUUCUAUCCAGCUGCAUGGUGAAACAUUUAUUUUUCGUACUACAUAACUUUGAAAGUAAACCUAAACGGUCAAAUUGACCCCGCCCUUCUACCGUGAAGGCCAAUCAAAAGUUGUUUUUCAACUGGUAAAAUGUGUAUGAUGUACGUAUGAUGCGUGCAAGGGAGUUGCAUGAAUGAAGCAUACACAACAAAUCGGUUGGGCAUGACGGAGGGGGCAGAUUGUGGGACAGAAUAGGGAUACAAAACUGAGGGGGCACAAUAUUCCAACUAAGGGGGCAUUGCCCACUUUUGCACCCUCGUGGCGCCGGGCCUGCCAGUUAUCUCUCGGUAUGUGUGUGGGUCCUCCUUGAUCUCUCUGAUGGGUGUCAUACUGGACUGGUCAGUUUCCAUUAAUGAUUUCCAUUAGAGGGCUGAUGCACGAUGGCGCUCACAGGAAGUCCUCUCUCCUAUGCAGUCAGCGAGCGUUCACACUACAUGACAGCGUAAUGGUGAUGUCUACGGGGAGCUGUCAAUCAUUUAGACUACUAUAGGGAAUCCAGUAAGUUGUAAAUGGGUUUCCACUCCAUUUGAAAUGGUUUACAGAGGCCUAUAGGGUUGGCAAGCAUUUGUCACUGCCAUUGACCGCCUAUGUAGGUUAGGCUACUAAUGCAGUGCAUUUGGAAAGUAUUCAGACCCCUUCACGUUUUCCACAUUUUUUACGUUACAGCCUUAUUCUAAAAUUGAUUAAAUAGUUGUUUUCCCUCAUCAAUCUACACACAAUACCCCAUAAUGACAAAGCAAAAACAGUUUUUUUUUAAUGUUUGCAAAACCAUUUUGGGGGGGGGGGGGAAAUAUCGCAUUUACAUAAGUAUUCAGACCAUUUACUCAGUACUUUGUUGAAGCACCAUUGGCAGCGAUUACAGCCUCAAGUCUUCUCCUGGGUAUGACGCUACAAGCUUGGCACAUCUGUAUUUGGGGAGUUUCUCCCAUUCUUCUCAGCAGAUCCUCUCAAGCUCUGUCAGGUUGAAUGGGGAGUGUAGCUGCACAGCUAUUUUCAGGUCUCUCCAGAGAUGUCCGGGCUCUGGCAGGGCCACUCAAGGACAUUCCGAGACUAGUUCCGAAGCCACUCCUGCGUUGUCUUGGCUGUGUGCUUAGGGUCGUUGUCCUGUUGGAAGGUGAACCUUCACCCCAGUCUGAGGUCAUGACCGCUCUGGAGCUGGUUUUCAUCAAGGAUCUCUCUGUACUUUGCUCUGUUAAUCCUGACUAGUCUCCCAGUCCCUGCCGCUGAAAAACAUCCCCACAGCAUGAUGCUGCCACCACCAUGCUUCACCGUAGAGAUGGUGCCAGGUUUCCUCAGGCCAAAAAGUAUUGGUUUCAUCAGACCAAGGAAUCUUGUUUCUCAUGGUCUGAGAGUCUUUAAAGUGCAUUUUGGCAAACUCCAAGCGGGCUGUCGUGCCUUUUACUGAGGAGUGGCUUCUGUCUGGCCAUUCUACCAUAAAGGCCUGAUUUGGUGGAGUGCUGCAGAGAUGGUUGGCCUUCUGGAAGGUUCUCCCAUCUCCACAGAGGAACUCUAGAGCUCUGUCACAGUGACCAUCGGGUUCUUGGUCACCUCCCUGACCAAGGCCCUUCUCCCCUGAUUGCUCAGUUUGGCCGGGCGGCCAGCUCUAGGAAGAGUCUUGGUGGUUCCAAACUUCUUCCAUUUAUGAAUGAUGGAGGCCACUGUGUUCUUGGGGACCUUCAAUGCUGCAGAAUGUUUUGGUACCCUUCCCCAGAUCUGUGCCUCAACACAAUCCUGUCUCGGAGCUCUAUGGACAAUUCCUUCGACCUCAUGGCUUGGUUUUUGCUCUGACAUGCACUGUCAACUGUGGGACCUUAUAGAGACAGGUGUGUGCCCUUCCAAAUCAGGUCCAAUCAAUUGAAUGUACCAUCAUGUCCAAUCAAGUUGUAGAAACAUCUCAAGGAUGAUCAAUGGAAACAGGAUGCACCGGAGCUCAAGUCUCAUUCAAAGGGUCUGAAUACCUAUGUAAAUAAGGUAUUUCUGUUUUUUGCAAAGAUUCCAAAAGCCUGUUUUCGCUUUGUCAUUCUGGGGUAUUGUGUGUGUAGGUUGAUGAGGAGAACAAUAUAUUUUUUAUCAAUUUUAGAAUAAGGCUGUAACGUAACAAAAUGUGGAAAAAGUGAAGGGGUCUGAAUACUUUCCGAAUGCACUGUAGGUCAGCAAUUUUGAGUUAUCCUACUCUUAAUCCCUCUUUGUUUCAGUAAGAACCUAACUGCUCUAAGUGUGUUAGACACUGGAAAAUCACAAUUUUAGACCACGCAUGGGUAUUAACUAAUUAUUUCCAACCUCCAAAGUCUGCAGCACAGGAUUAUCACUCUCUCUCUCCCAGGAAGCUUAGGCUUAAAUGAACGACUGUCAGUAAGCAUGACUAGGCUCCUCAUGGACCUAGUCUCAUUAGUGCAGACACAAACAAACCCAUAUGACAAUACAUAGGCUAUCCAGCACACAGGCACAUAUGUGAUGACUGUCAUACAACAUUAACAAAUAACAAUUCCCGGACCUUUUCACAAUAUUGGGCUAUAGCAGUCAGACAGUAUAGUUUAGGGCAGGGUGUCUGUUUUGACCCAGCAGUAGGACAGUGGGUCGUGAGAAGUAAAGGCCCCCACUGUGCAACAGGAGGGCUGCUGACAGGAAGCAGCUGAAUCUUGCUGAUGCAUGCUGGGAGCGGUGUGGUGGCCCUGUGGUCUCGAUAAAGCUCUGUCAGCUGAGGGUUCCGCGGCUGCCUGUUAGGUCACUGUGUCUGUGUGUGAGAGAGCGAGAGAGAAGAUGAAAUGAUGUUGCUUGCUUACCUCAUGGGUGGCCUAGCGGUUAGAGCGUUGGGCCAGUAACAGAAAGGUCACUGGUUCGAAAUACCUGAGCCGACAAGGUGAAAAAUCUGUCUGUGCCCUUGAACAAGGAUUUGCUCCUGGGGCGCAAUACUACUAUGGCAGGCUGACCCUAUAAAACAACACAUUUCACUGCACCUGUCUGGCGUAUGUGACCAUAAAACAUCUUUUUUUAAUGAAAAGUUAUUGCAGGUGUAUGUCUCCCUCCUAUUCAGAGAGAGAAUGUUCAGCACUGUUCAAGUGAUGUCAUGAUGACAUGCUUGGAGCUGAGAGAGACAGAUUAAUAUUUUCACAGGGAUGAUGAUGUCAUGUACGUGAUAAUGGAAUAGAGUAAUCCCAAUAUCUCCUUCAGGAGAGGAUGUGGAACAGGGAAUCAUUCAUUCUAUAGCCUACUUAACCCACAGCACGUGCAAACACUCCCUCUAGUGGACAGUAGUUUGGCUUUAAUAACAAUCACCACUCAACAUGCCAUUUUCCAACGACCAUUUUCGUCCCAUUGCUCUCGAUUGUAGGCCUAUUGUACUGUAGAUUUUAACGGUAUACAAAAAAAAGUAUGCACUCAACUGUAAGUCGCUCUGGAUAAGAGCGUCUGCUAAAUGACUAAAAUGUAAAUGUAAAACAGAUUGUUCCUCACAAAUGGCUUGGUUGACAGAAAGGCUGCCUUGAUCAAUGGUUUCCACCAGAGUGCUGAUGCUACCUGGUUCUUCCCUAGCCCCAUCGAUUGA